GGACACUGGUUCCUACAAAAGCUACAGAAUCCGGCGGACGGCCAUCAGUCGAUUAGGUCCGUUCAAGUAGAAAGAAAAUGAAAUCCGUUCUGUAUUAUUUGUGCGCGUUCGGACUGUGCGCUCAUUGUUUGGGCGCGGCGGAUGCACACGACCAGAACAAGCCCGUCGAGGAACCCGAACAUGAGGCGUCCAAAGCGGCCGACGGCAAGACCCUGGGUAAAAGGGAUCUCUACGACUUGGGUUACGGUUCCAGCUACGGGCCCGGUGGUGGUUUCGACUUCGAGCAUACGGUAAGUGGACACGACUUUCCGCGUUACGGCCACGGCAAGGUGUUGUCCAAGACCAUCGUCAAAGAGGUGGCCCGACCGUAUCCCGUCGAGGUGGAGAAACACGUGCCGUACCCCGUCAAGGUCCGCGUUCCCGUGGACAAACCGUAUCCCGUGCUCGUGCCCAAGCCGUACCUGCACGUGGCCAAACCCGUGCCCUACGAAGUCAAAGUCAAGGUGCCGCGACCGUACACCGUCUACAGGCACGUGCCGUAUCCCGUCAAGGUGCCCGUCGACAGGCCGUACCCAGUGCACGUGCCCAAACCGUAUCCCGUCUUCGUCGAAAAGCACGUCCCGUACGAGGUCGAGAAGCACGUCCCGUAUCCCGUAGAGGUCCCGGUGGACAGGCCCUACACCGUGCACGUGCCGGUCGAGAAACACGUCCCGUAUCCAAUAGACAAACCGGUGCCUUAUCCGGUCAAGGUUCCCGUCGACCGCCCUUACCAGGUCACCGUAGAGAAGCACGUCCCGUACCCGGUGGAGAAGCCGGUGCCGUACCCAGUCGAGAAGCACGUGCCUUAUCCCGUCAAAGUGCCAGUUAAGGUCGAAGUGCCAGUUCCUCACGAGGAACACCACGACCAUCACGAAGACUAUCGUCACGAUGAAGUAACGUCUGAAGAACAGUCGCAAGGAGAAGGAGACCAACAAGAAGACUACCAAAACAAGCAACAAAAUGACUACCAAAACAACCAACAAGAAGACUACCAAAACAAGCAACAAGAUGACUACCAAAACAACCAACAAGAAGACUACCAAAACAAUCAAUCGGAACACGGACUUCUCUUGCCGAUUGCGGCGUUGCUACAAAACACUGCGGCUCCGGCGCAACACCAUCAGUCGAUCGAUCCCAUUCGAAUCGAACAACAACAGUACCUAACAACAACAACAACAACACCAACAGUUAAUAUGAGGAGCAUACUGUACACGGUGUGCAUCGCGGGCGUGUGCGCUUGUGCCGUCGCAGGGCUAGACGAACCGGUCAAACGGGCGGAAGAGAAGACCGCGGCGGCGACGGAGAGUAAACCGGUAACCGCCGGGGCCGACGACAAGGCCCACAGCAAAAGAGGCCUGUUCGACUUGGGCUACGGUUACGGGUCCGGUUACGGGUACGAGUACGAAGCGGGCGGCGGACACGACAGCUACCAGCACUACGACCACGGCAAGGUGUUGUCCAAGACCAUCAUCAAAGAAGUGGCCCAGCCGUAUCCCGUCGAGGUGGAGAAACACGUGCCGUACCCCGUCAAGGUGCACGUUCCCGUGGACAGGCCGUACCCCGUGCACGUGCCCAAGCCGUACCCGGUGCACGUGGAGAAGCCCGUGCCCUACGAAGUCAAAGUCAAGGUGCCGCAACCGUACACCGUCUACAAGCACGUGCCGUAUCCAGUCAAAGUGCCCGUCGACAGGCCGUACCCCGUGCACGUGCCCAAACCGUACCCCGUCUACGUCGAGAAGCACGUCCCGUACGAGGUCAAGAAGCACGUCCCGUACCCCGUGAAGGUCCCGGUGGACAGGCCUUACACCGUGCACGUGCCCGUCGAGAAACACGUCCCGUACCCGGUGGACAAACCAGUGCCUUACCCGGUCAAAGUUCCCGUCGACCGCCCUUACCCGGUCACCGUAGAGAAGCACGUGCCGUACCCGGUGGAGAAGCCGGUCCCGUACACGGUCGAGAAGCACGUGCCUUACCCAGUCAAAGUUCCCAUCAAAGUUCCCGUGCCAGUGCCUUACGAAGAACACCACGACCACCACCACGACCACCACUACGACCACCACGACGAACACCACUACGACAGCUAUUGACGAGAUAAUAAGUAUACUAUUUCGAGUUACCUUGUUCGAUUACCAAUUGAAAACCUAUGCUGAUUUUGUACCUAUUUUUUUUUUAACUUAAUAAAUAUUAUUUUUUAUUAUAAA